GCAUAAGUUGACAGUGAAACAUAGAACAACGACACACACACAACAGCUCAAAAAUGCGACAGUUUUACAUAAACGCAAAACACUGGAGUCCAAACAUGGAAUACCAAGACACAAGCGAUAGUGCGGCAAUACACAGAUAGCAACACAAGUGCUGGGCACUCUCUUUCUCUCUCUCUCACACACACAACAUUCGAUGCAUAAACACAGUCGAGCGAACACUGUCAAAAUCGCUGAGCUCAACUAAAAAUUGUUAGUUUUUCAAUAGUGCAUUAUCACGUUGCAAGUCGGGUGUUUUUUUCCAACAUUUAGAGAGUUUCUACAGACGAAAUUAAAUAAUUAAAGUCAAAUUUUCAGAAGAGCAAACACAUCUGUUCGGAUAAAUCGUAGUUUUGUCACAAUCCAUCGAAAAUGUCGAUUACUGGCGACGUAAAAAAGAAAAUCGUUCUAAGUAUAUUGAAUACCUUCGCUAAAACUGGCGCUGGUUUGACGCAAGUAAACAAAGAGUAUGAAAAUCAAACUGGUGAAAAACUCGCUCCUAGCAAACAAGAAGGUGAAAUAUACAUGCGAUCUAUUGGAGAAGAGGUGGCCGUGGAUAUGUUUGGUCGGUAUUGGUCAAGAUCCGAAAAAUCAGCGCACAUCCUCAAAAUGGUGUCCGAACAGAAUACGAAGUUUUCACCAAACUAUCGUGGAAAUACUAGAAUGUUCAACAAAAUAUUCAACCAUCCAUUCGGCACCCAACGCCCAACGGUUUCAUAUAGAAACGAUUAUGUCGAUGUGAAUAUUGUCCCACGAGCAUCGAAAAUCAAAAGUCGACGAAUGACUUGCGGUCCUUUCAAUGUUCACUCGUCAUCGUCAGAAACGGAGCAGAAGAAACGACGUUCUGUGACACCAGAUCGUGGACGAGCAUCAAAACGGCUUCGAAGCCGUAGCAGAGACCGCACUCGCCGAUCGCCGGAUGGCCAUAGAGGUAGAGCUCGGUCACGCAGCCCUCCAAAAUGGCCGGGACGCUCACGAUCGCGAAGUCCGCCAAAACGAACAGGACGUUCAAUUUCACCACGAUACUCGCCACGCCGCUCACCAGUCAAAGAUAAAUUUUCGGUUGACCCGAGAAUCAAGCGUACCAACAGCCCAACAGACAACAAACCAAAUAAUACCAGAGCUGCACGUUCGCCACAAAGAUGUCGCCAACAAAAUAGCCGAUCACCGAUUAGAUGGCCUACGUCGAAUGCACGUGCAAAUGUACCCAUAGAUGCCGAAAAUACCGAGAAAAAAUCGUUGAAAAACGAAGAAAAGUCCCAAUCCACUCCAACAAACGACACAAAAUUACAAGCCAAAACGAAAAAGUUCAAAUUCACAAUCAUUGGCGAUGGUUACAUGUACUACAUGCUGUCUGAUAUGCAAUCUGAUGUCAAAUUCAAUUUGUCAAUGUGUAAUCAUACGCUGACAAUUGGCGAUGCACUGAAAAUGAUUGAUGUACAACAUCAGACAUUGCAGAAGAAAAAGCGAAAAGUGAUGAUUGCCAUUGGUGUCACCGAUCUGCGAAACGGCCGUACAUUGUGCGAAAUGAAACGCGAUUUCACGGCAUUGUUCUUGCGUUGCGAUCAUUACGGUUUGAAACCGUUGAUUACAACCAUUCUAUGCUUUGACUUGCCCGAACUCAAAACUAAGGCCGAUCUAUUCAACAGCUUUUUGGUGGAUUGCUUUGAAAAUGUGGUCGACAUGCGGAUGGUUUUACGAAGCGGUUUAGCUGAUGUGACGACAGCAUUGAACAAAAAACAUGCAAUGAAACUCCAUCAGAACAGUUUGGGACUUGGAACACGACAAGAGCUCAUCCUCAACGUGCCGAAAGAAUGAACUGACGAAUUCCAUUUCAUCAUGAUCUACCUCGAAUAAAAUCCUUUCCAAACAGCUAUAUUCCAAAAAACUACCCAUUUUAAGAAACAAACAAACCAUAUGAAUUAAGAAUGAAAACAAUUUUGCAAAACAAAGAUAAAAAAGAACCUCAACAAACUUAUUGACAACUGUCAUGUGAAAAUGAAAUGAACAAAAAUAAAAUCAACGAUUUUUUUCUUAUAAAUACAUUCAAAACAAAA